UCAUACUUUUGUUUAGAUUUUCAAAAUAAUAAAUAUUAAGAAAAUAACUAUUAAUUAUGAGUCGCACGGAACAAACUUUCGAUGACCUGAAGUCCUACUUCCGUGGCCAUAGCAAAAUUCGGGAGCAGAGGGCUCACAUGUCCAAGGUUCACUCUGUUUGCUGGAACGCCGAUGGUCGUCACCUUGCGUCCGGAUCAUUUGACAAGACUGUGGCUGUUUACUCAUUGGAACGGGAUCGCUUUGUAAAGGGCAGCAUUUAUCGGGGACACACUGCAUCCGUGGAUCAGCUGUGUUGGCAUCGCACCAAUGCCGACCAGUUUGCUACCGCCAGCGGGGACAAAACUGUGAGGAUCUGGGACAUAAGGGCGGGAAAAUGUGUUUCGGUAACUAACACAAAGGGAGAGAACAUCAAUAUUGCCUGGUCACCGGAUGGCAAGACGAUCGCCGUGGGUAACAAAGAAGACCUGAUAACUUUCAUAGAUACGCGCACGAAUAAGAUCCGCGUGGAGGAGCCCUUUAGUUUCGAGGUCAACGAGAUCUCGUGGAACAAUACAAAUGAUCUGUUCUUCUUAACAAAUGGACUUGGAUGUAUGCAUAUCCUCAAUUAUCCCAGCCUGGAGCACCAGAUGACCUUAAAGGCUCAUCCCGCCAACUGCAUUUGCAUAGAGUUUGGACCAACGGGCAAAUAUUUCGCUACUGGCUCGGCAGAUGCCCAAGUCUCCUUGUGGGAUGCCAACGAAUUGGCUUGCCUGCGCAUGAUCAGCCGCUUGGAGUGGCCCGUUCGCACCAUAUCCUUCAGCCACGACGAACGACUGAUUGCCUCGGCUAGCGAGGACCUCAUCAUAGACAUUGCCUUCACAGAGACGGGAGAACGAGUAACCGAUAUACAUGUGGAUGCUUCAACAUUUACGGUAGCUUGGCAUCCCAAGCAAUACUUGUUGGCCUACGCUUGCGAUGAGAAAGAUAGCGACCGGCGGCGAGACGCUGGCAAUGUUAAGAUAUACGGUUUUCCCGAAUAAACUUUAGUUUAAGGCA